AUGCGGUACUCCCUUCUCGCCGGCGGAAAACGCGUCCGACCGAUGCUGUGUAUCGCCGCUUGCGAACUCGUCGGAGGCGACCCGUUAACGGCUAUGCCAGCUGCCUGCGCUGUCGAGAUGAUUCACACCAUGUCGCUAAUGCACGACGACUUACCCUGCAUGGAUAACGACGACUUCCGCCGGGGAAAGCCCACCAACCACAUAGUAUACGGCGAGGACGUCGCCGUCCUCGCCGGCGACGCCUUACUUUCGUUCUCAUUCGAACACAUCGCUACGGCGACAGAAGGCGUCUCCUCCGACCGGAUUCUCAGGGCCAUCGGCGAGCUCGCGAAGUGUAUUGGCUCAGAAGGUCUUGUCGCCGGUCAGGUUGUUGAUAUCUGUUCCGAAGGCGCCGAUGUCGGAUUAGACCAUUUAGAGUUUAUCCAUUUACACAAGACGGCGGCUUUGCUUGAAGGAUCCGUCGUCCUCGGUGCCAUUAUGGGUGGCGGAUCUGAUGAAGAAAUUGAAAAAUUAAGGAAAUUUGCGAGAUCAAUUGGGCUUUUGUUUCAGGUGGUGGAUGAUAUUCUUGAUGUCACAAAGUCGUCAGAGGAAUUGGGCAAAACCGCCGGAAAAGAUUUGGUGGCAGAUAAGACUACAUAUCCGAAAUUGUUGGGGAUUGAAAAAUCAAGAGAAUUUGCAGAGAAAUUGAAUAAGGAGGCUCAAGAACAGUUGUUAGAGUUCGAUCAACUAAAGGCAGCUCCUUUAAUUGCUCUUGCUAAUUAUAUUGCUUAUAGAGAAAAUUGA